AUGGAUGUCUUAAAAACGAACCCUUUCUAUCUCGGUGGUGCCCUCGUGUCCAUCGCACUGGCUGCAUACAUAUACGCUGGUAUCACGAACCCGCUGUCGGAUGUUCCAGGGCCAUGGUACACCAGGUUCACGACGCUGCCCUCGACAUUCAAGGUCAUCACGGCUCACCACCCCGACUGGAUCCAUGACUUGCACGCAAAAUAUGGUCCAGUGGUGCGAUACAGCCCAUACGAGGUCGACAUCUCUGAUCCGCAAACAUGCCAACGCAUCCACAGCGUCAAGACGGGCUUCCUCAAGUCUCCCUUCUACUCUCUUCUCAUCACCGACUCCUCGAGCGUCUUCAAUGAGAUCCGUCCGGAGAUUCAUCGGAAGUACAAGCGGCUCUUGUCGAACCCCAUGUCGGAGACGGGCUUGAAGACAUUCCUGCCCCGCAUUGACAGCAAAGUGCGCCUUGCAAUUGAGCGCAUUCGCGACGAGAACACGACCCGCGGGGCAGCCGACAUCGCCAAGUGGUUCAUGUUUCUUUCUUUUGACGUUAUUGGCGACCUGGCGUUCGGCGAGUCUUUUGGCAACCUGGAAAGCGGCAAGAAAAAUCGCUCAGUCAACGACUUCGUCAGCUUAGGCUUCGUCGGCGGUCUCCGGUCCAUGUUUCCCACCAUCGCCAAGAUCUCACUCUAUCUGCCAAUUCCCGUCUUCAAGGAGGCUACCGCCAUCCAAUAUCGGACUUUUGACUAUGCUCAGGGCGCACUCAACCGCCACGCCAAGCGCGUGGAAGAAACAGGCUCCGAUCCCCACCCGACUGUGUUCUCGAAGCUCUACAACGCCGGAGAGGAGGAGACAUGGACGCCGAUAGAGAUACGCGACAACGCCCAGGUAUUUAUUGUCGGCGGCAGCGACACUACCGCCAACUCCAUGAUCUACCUCGUCUGGGCCGUUUGCAAGAUCCCCGAGAUCAGGGCCAAACUUCUGAGAGAGCUGGACACUCUUCCGGAGAACUACGGCUACGACGAGCUCAAGGAAUUGACGUACGUGAACUGGAUCGUCAACGAGACUUUGCGGCUCUACACGGCACUUCCGUGCGGACUUCCUCGACUGGUGCCGCCCGGCGGAGCAGAGCUUGCUGGCCAGUUCGUUCCUGGUGGGUUCACCGUCACCACGCAGGCGUACAGUCUGCACCGUGACGAGCAUGCUUUCCCCGAUCCAUAUCGAUUCUACCCCGAGAGAUGGGAAAACACCACCCAGGAGAUGAGGGAUUGCACCAUGCCAUUUGGGGGUGGGGCCAGAACUUGCCUGGGUCGACAUUUGGCGCGGAUUGAACUUCGCCUGAUCACCGCCCGUUUUUUCAAGGCUUUCCCGAACGCAACGGUGUCUAGUAUAGAGGGAAUGUGUGACAAGGAUAUGGAGCCAGCAUUGCACUUUCUAAUGGUCCCGAGUGGACAUCGUUGUUUGAUCAAGCUGAACGGGUGA